GAGGCGGUUCCAGAGAUGAUAAAGGCAGAUGCUGAGGAGUUGGAUGUCAUUUCUGGGUUGUUUUUUUUGCAGCUUGGACACUACUCGUGGGAAGCAAAGGGUUUGCUUGAUUUCCUUCUUCACUCAAACGGGCUGCCCUCGCAAUGCUGGCUGCAAGCGGGACCCGCAUCCGCGUCCAGUUUGGGCGGCUCCUGGCAGAAGCGGGGCAACUCAGUGCUCCUGUGCGCCGGCCUCUAGGACCAGGGCUCCUGGGCUCCACAGCAUUGUCCUGCACGGAUCAGAACAGAAGCUCGGGGGCAACGGGUUCAAGUGAGUAGCUGGCAAGGACUGUUAACGCACCACCCUCCAGUUUGAUUUUGAGAUCCCAUCAGUGGUGCAGUUAGACGAUUUUAGGCUCUGACCUUAAUGGCAGCCCUGAGGAGAGGGAGGUCUGCCACCAACACUCUCCAGUAUCUGCUGCUCAAGAUGGCUCCCUCAUCUUGUCUAAUGGCAGGGCUGGCCCUGAUGUGUUGCCUAAAAGUGCACUGGAAGAAAGAGGGAGACAGGAUUCUAUUGAUCCUUGUGGGAAUUCUCUGUGUGCAGGUGCAGAUUCUCUCUCUCUCUCUCUCUCUCUCUCUCUCUCUCUCUCUCUCACACACACACACACACACAGAGAGAGAGAGUUAUGGUUGAUUUUAAUACAGUGGUACCUCGGGUUACAUACACUUCAGGUUACAGACGCUUCAGGUUACAGACUCCGCUAACCCAGAAAUAGUACCUCGGGUUAAGAACUUUGCCUCAGGAUGAGAACAGAAAUCGUGUGGUGGCGGCAUGGCGGCAGCAGGAGGCCCCAUUAGCUAAAGUGGUGCUUCAGGUUAAGAACAAUUUCAGGUUAAGAACAGACCUCCAGAACGAAUUAAGUUCUUAACCCGAGGUACCACUGUAUUUAUUACAUCCGAAUUAGAGUUCUUUGUAUUUAUUGACUUGAAAAGCUUUGCUUCAGUUACUGUGCCCAGCUCAGUUGCAAUGAUGGUUUAAACCUUUUUUGGGGUUGAAUGUUUUGACCUGGCAUAAGCAGCACCCCACUAUAAGCAUACAGAGUAUAUAUGGGGUUUUUUAUUUCAAAUAUAUAUAUAUCCUGCCUUUUUCCAAAAAUGAUUCAAGGUGACUUACAAUGUGCAUACACACACAAAUCAACAUUUCUAAAACCAACCUGCAAAGACCAAUAACAAUACAGAAAAACUGAAUCUAUAGUGGAUUGAAUUUUACAUUCAUGCCUAUUCAUAUAUAUGCAUGGGAAUAUUUGGAUCUUGUUUUUGAUCCAAAGCAUCUAACUGUGUGUGUUAAUGCAUAAUGUUCAAAUGCAUAAUGAAAUACAGUGGUACCUCGGGUUAAGUACUUUCUGUUCUCAUCCUGAGGUAAAGUUCUUAAUCCAAGGUACUACUUCUGGGUUAGCGGAGUCUGUAACCCAAGGUGUUUGUAACCCGAGGUACCACUGUAACUAAACUGAGCUACUCCAAAAUGAUUGAACAGGAAGCAGUAGCAACAACAAAGAAACCAGCAGCAGGGAGAGGGGAAUGAUCUGGCAGAGCAAGCUGGAAAGGGUAUUUGUUCAACAUGUCUGACCCUACCAUUAGGCAGAGUGAAGAAGGUGCCUCUGGCACAAAAGGGGUAGCAAGCAGUGGGAGAGAUGUUAUAGGCCAGAGCAGCUUGCCCUAUGCUAACCUGCUGGUUUCAGAUACAGUGGAGGGCACUGCCUCAUUUACAGUGCCGAAGUACGAUUCAGCUGCCAGUCCAGCUGGCUUUUGUAAUUGAAUGGAGGAAAGGUAUCAUUUUAUCCUUUGUCCUAGGCUGGUUUCAAGCUCAGAGGGCCCAAUGCCAUAUUUUUUUUUAAAUGAUUACCCUUACUUGUAGUGAAGACAAAAAGCAAGGGGAAAAGGAUGAUAUUCCUCUAGGACAGUGGUGUUCAAACUUUUUUCAAAGAGGGCCAGAUUUGAUGAAGUGAAGGGCCAUGGGGGCCAGCCAAGGGACCAACCAAAGUUAUUGACCUUUUUUUAGGAUUGAAGUUGUUCAGCUUUUUUAUGAUUUUAUCCCGAAGUUGUUUAGCUUUUGGAGUUUUUGAGGUUUUUUCAGGAUUUUACCCCAGGAAAUAAACUGCCAUGGGGGGCCAAAUUAGGCCCCUGGAACAGCCUUUGGACAUGCCUGCUCUAGGAAUAGAUUUCAAAGCCUUGGGGACACUCAGAACAGGCCUCUAGAGAGGGAGGAAAGGAGACCAUAACACAGAAACAGAGCUCAUGCAUACAGGAGCUCUCAGGUUCCUUCCUGACUUUUCCAAUUAAAAGCAUCAAGUAGAAAGUGAGGCUUGAUUUGGCCCAAAAUAAAUCAGACUUUUUGCAAUAAGGAAAGUGAUGGGGAAAGGACCCUGCAAACAAGUCAGGAUGAAUGCUCCACACAGAGGUUGUUUGGAAGCGGCUGAAAUCUGUCUGUCUGUCUGAGAAUAGACAUUUAUUUCCUUACCCUUUCCAUGGCUGUGAUUUGACAUGAUGUUCUGUCUACUGGAUCUUGAAGCCGAGAAGGUGUACAAAGUGCCUGGCGGACACAAACCGUCAACAUUUGACAAGAAAAUCCUCCUGUGGACUGGACGCUUCAGGAAGGAAGAUGAAAUUCCUCCAAGGAUCCCGUAUGUACUUCAUUUUAUUCAACCACUAGAAACACUACGCUGAGGAAAAACUACUGCCAUAUUUUAGAAGUACACCAUCCUUUAGUGGAAGGGAGGAUAGGGGAGAAUGGAAGACUUUUGAAAAAAAUAAAGCUAUCCAUCUAGCUCAGGAAUAGUCAACAUGGUUUUAUCCAGAUGUUGUUGGACUACAACUUCCAUCAUCCCUGACCAUUGGCCAUGCUGCUGGGACUGAUGGCAUUGGGAGUCCAACAACAUCUGGAAGGUCACAGGUUCCCUACCCCCGUUCUCCUUGUUCUGUAAGAUGAACCUUGCAACCAAAACAUACACCAUAUAGAUCAAAAAUAAUUGCUGGCUUCCAUCAUUGAGUUGCACUAAACUUUCACAGAUAUGCACUCACGUAUUUAUAUUUUGCUUUAUUUAUGUGUGAUAAGAAACUAUGGCCAAUCCAGCUUUCCAGCCUAUGUUCUUACAGCAAAAGUCAGGCAAUGGGAGUGUGACACUUGACUAUCUCAUGGUUUGCCAAACUAGUGCUCCACAAAGCUAUUCCCAUCAGGGUGGACCUUAGUAAUAUGCCUCCCUGAGCAAGGCCAACAUUUGAUGUCUUCUUUCCAGUCCUCAUUGUGCUGGGGUUUGGGGAAGGAGCCGUAAGGGCUCUGAAAGGGUCCUAUACCCCUCCCACCUCCUUCCCAAUGCUUCUCUUGCUUUGGGAAGGAGACAGGAGGACUCUAGGACUCUGUCAGAACCCUCAAGCCUCCUUCCUGAGGCUGGGCAAGUGUUUACCUGGCUUUGAGAAGGUGCCCUCCUCGGCAGGCAAUUGUGUGCCUAGUUCCACUGCACCACUCUAUCCGCAUCUUACUCCCUUAAUCCCUGAUUAUUGGCCAUGCCGGUUGGAGCGAUGGGAUGUGAGCUGCUAGUGAUCUACAAAUAGGCUUAAUCCUACCAAUAUUUUCCAUUAUGAAAAUUUAAAUUUUAGUUGAAGAAAACCAGGAUAUGGCCUUAAGGAUUUUGAAGCUUAGCUUAUCGCACAUACAAGAUGACAUUUUUAUUUUGCUUAGGGGCAUGGGGGAAAUCUGAAACACAAACUGAUCAAAAGCGGAUGGUGUCCGUAUUUGUUUAUAAAUUGCAUGAACAAUGUGUUCUUGUCAUCUCCACAUUGGACUGCGAGGUUCAUAUUCCACUUAAAGGUCGGAAAGGAAAUGAGGAAGAAUGUGUGUCAGAACAUGUUUUAUUGCCCUCUGUAAAAAUGGCAACUUUGAUCACAAACACACACUUAUGUGAAUGUUUAGGCUUACUAACUCAUGGUUUGUACUCUGUCAAGCACCAUGCACGUUGACUGUGACACACACACACACACUAAUAAAAAAUAAUGGCUUUGCAUAUCAGCAGGCUUAAACAAUAUAUGUAAGUGAGAUAUGGGUAUGGGGCAGUUUAGCAUCAGACAUGCACCAAUGCACAGCUGAACUACACAGUCAACUUGAUUUUUUUCAGCCUGAUUUCUACAUUGUUUACAUGCCUGACAUGCAAGUAAGGGCCAGACUAGAUGUUGCAAUGGAGUACUGCUGUCGCCCCAAAUGGCUAUUGCAUAUCUCACUUUCCUCUCUAGUCUCUGUACAGUGGUACCUUGGGUUACAUACGCUUCAGGUUACAUACACUUCAGGUUACAGACUCCGCUAUCCCAGAAAUAGUGCUUCAGGUUAAGAACUUUGCUUCAGGAUGAGAACAGAAGUUGUGCGGUGGUGGCGCGGCAGCAGCGGGAGGCCCCAUUAGCUAAAGUGGUGCUUCAGGUUAAGAACAGUUUCAAGUUAAGAACGGACCUCCAGAAUGAAUUAAGUACGUAACCAGAGGUACCACUGUACUUCUUGCAUGAUGUUACAACUUUCUGUGUUUCCCUGCGCCAUUAUGACACAAAGUAAGUUCUACUGGACGUUGUGGAGUGGGUAUUGGAUGCAUGGUGACCAUUUUUAGUGCCAGCCAUAUGCUUAUCAUAGCGUCUAGGUUAACCUUGAGCACAGGGAUGGGGGUGAAAUUUGAUUCUUGUUGCAUUUAAAAGAGAACCUACUUAAUUCUCACUUCCCAAACAACUUGUGGACCAAAACAAGCCAUCUUUCAUAUCCAAAUUUCUUCCAAUUCUGCAAUGCAGGUCUCCAGCUAAGCAAUGUGUACCAAAAUGCACCUAUGUGAGGAAAGUGUGCAUAAAAAUGCAUAUUAUAUAUUAGCCAAAAGAACAUACAAAAAAUGUCUUCUAUUGCUUGGAAAACUGUGCACAAAAUUGUAUUAGAAGUGUGUUUAUUAGGAGAAAUUUGCAGUAAAAUGCAGAUGGAUUUUCAAGAGAACUUUUUUUUUUUAAUUUGAAAAGUAAACCAAUGUAGAAAUGUGGAGAACUGAAGAUUUGAGAAGUUAAAAAUGGAGAGAAACUGGUUCAGCCAUCCCUCAUUGAGCCACAGAACGAUGAUAUAUUUGUUGCAAUAACUGUCCUGGUGUCUGUACAAUUUCAUGAGCAGUGGCAGGACUUUCCCAUAUUCCUGCAACUCCUAGGUUAUGCAAAGCAAGGUACUACCUAAGUGCUGACUCAGCCCUUAAAUUUUAUCCAUGUGUUCUUGAUUUCUGGGAAGCACUACAAGUGUCUUCAGCUGAAUGCAUUUACAGUCCCCUUUCAGACUUCACUCAGCGCAUCAAGGAUGGGCCUGGUGGGUGGCAGGAUGGGAAUACAUUGCCCUUCAGCCCCUUCUCAGAUAGAAUUUAAGGCUACAAGCUUUCUCUGUUACCAUCGCUUCAGAGCAGCCGCAGCCACAGCAGCAAAUGAUGUGGCCUGCUUGCAGAAUCAUAACAGCAAUGGCCAAUGCCAGGCAAACAACUCAAAGGCUUGCAUUUCCCUGUGCUACAUGUGGCCGAGAAGACUGAGGAUGAAAUAACAUUUCUAGGGCAUUUUUUCGUGUACACUCAUCUACUCCCACAUUCAUUUCCUUGAAAAAAUCAUUGUUUCUAUCCUGUUGAAAUACAAGCAUUUGAUAAGCUAAAUGUAACCUUUUCUGCUGGCUGUUCAUCCCUGUCACCACAGAAAAGCGCUGUGCUUUUUAUCUGUUUGUGUUCCUGUUUGCAUGAAGAGAUCAUCAGCUGUAACUUUCUGACCUUUAAUAGCAAAGGAUUGUUGUAGUGUGCAGCUUCCCAUGGCUGUUUUUAUGAAAGCAGGCAAAUACUUUUGCAAUGACAAAUGGGUCUUAUGUACUAACAGUAUUACUCAAAAUUACAACAUUUAUUUUAGGGUUGCAAUUUUUAGGAAGACCCCAAAAUUGUUGAGAUUUUUAGACAAAACCCGAAGUUUUUUGUUUGUUUUUAACAAAAACGCCAAAAAACAAACAAACCCCAGGAUUUUUCAAUUGACUUGCCUAACAUCCAGGACAAGGCACCAGGUGUCAAUUCCACCUUUGAAAUCCCAGUAAUAUCGGGGAAAAUCAGGACGUAUGGCAAUCUUAAUUUAUUUACAGACUCUAUAAGUGUCCCUUUUUUCCAGGCACAUCAGGGCAGUGAGAUGCAAAUUAGGGUUUACUCUGAAUAGGGCAAACAUUGGCUACAGCCCUCCACUUCCAGUGCUCCUACCAUUCUAUAAUAUUCAUAAGCUGUGACAUUUCACUAGUUGGGAUCCCGUUUGAAUUUAAUUUUUAAUUUAAUAUUGGACCACUUUGAGCCCCUCCUCCCAAACAAUUGGGGGGCCCCUGAAACUAUUAGAUCCUGCAUUUAGGGAAAGAUUACAAGGAAUCGUAAUAAUGUCUGUCUCUCUUGCUUUUUUUAUGCCUCUGGUUUAAGGCACUGAUCUGCUGCUUCAAAACAGUUCCAAUUAGUGGGCCAUAAAAUAACAAUUAGUUGAUUUAACCCAACAAGUUCGUGCUUUGCUCCUCUCGCGGCAAGUGACUUAGAGAUUAAUGGGUUUAAUGGGCUGGCCUGUUUUUGAUUUGUUCAAUUCUAAAUGCAUUUAGUCCUUAAUACUAUGAAAUCCAUCUGCCCGCAGGUUUAUCUACAGUCUUGUCUCCCCACACUGAGAAGAGAGGAGCUCUGAAGCUUCUUUCCCAAUAGUCAAGGCUGCUUUUGCAAGUGUUUUUUUUGUGUGUGUGAGGUAUUAUAAUAACAAACAUAUUUUGUUUGUGAUGCAUUCACACAGGAAUUGGGAAAAAUUGGAUUAGGUUUGUAUUUAAAGCCAAACCUACCUAAUUAGAGUUUUUCAAAGCAAUACGUGUACCAAAAUACAUAGAAACAUGCUUCAAAAAUUUGCAUUUCUCUUAAUUUUGAAAUCCAGUUCUCCAGCCAAGUGCAGUAAUGUGUACUGAAAGGUAUAACCUAGGAUUAAAUAUGCAUAUAAAUGCAUAUAUUACUGACAACCACCUACAAAAAUGCAAUAUAUUUGGGAGAACUGAUCUGUAAAAAUGUAUGUUAGGUAAAAUUGCAUUUUAAAAAUCUGUAUGCCAAGAGAAAUUCUCUCCAAGAUACUGAUAAAUUUUCACAAGAACUAAAAAAAAAAAAGUACACUAAUAUGGAAAUGUGAACAACAAAAUUUAAGAUUGGAAAAAUGAGAAUCUGAAAUGAACAGAUCUGUCCAUCCCUAAGGGACGCUGCAGUUCCAAUAACUUUAUUGGGAAUUCAGCAUACAUAAAACCACAUCCACAUUGAUUUCAAUCAAUUAAGUCACUUUGAGACUUCUUUGUAUAAUGUGACAAAAAUACAUAAAUACUACUACUGAUAAUAAUUAUUCACAGGAGAAAUUCAGUGAAAGCACAGAAGUCAGUGGUGUUCACUCCCAAGUAAGGCAGCAAUCCUAACCAAACUUACUUGAGAGUAAGCUCCAUUGAAUUCAAUAGGAUCUACUUUCAGGUAGAAAUGGUUAGGGUUCACAGCUCAGCAGAUUACCGGUAUAUCCAACUGGUGGAAUGAGGAAGGCAAUUUUGAGCAUUUUCCCUGCCCUCCCCCCCAUAUUUGCUCUCACCCACAUAACCAAAUAUGGCUUUAAUUACAAAUUACUAAAAAAGACCCCCAAAAUUUAGUCCUUCUGUAUCUUUUGUAGUAUAAACAAAGCAAUUAAAAACAUUUCAGUAUGUCACACAUUAAUUUAGUAUUCCUUAGCCUUGGGUGCUCGUCCCCAGAAGCUGGAAGACAAUUCCCAUAACUGCUUGCCAAAUUUGGGUGCCCAAGGUUGUUGAAGAACACUGUUCUAAUUGGUUCCAACCCAAUUUCUUUUGCAGGCCCGAGAUGCUGGAUGCUGCAAGGAACAAAGCCCGAGUAAAGGCCUGUUACAUUAUGAUUGCCCUGACAAUCAUGGCUUGCUUUGCUGUGAUUGCCUCUGCUAAAAGGGUAUGUAUUGUUCCAUGGGAAACUUCUGGAUUUUGAUACAAUUUUCUUUUUAAAAUAGCAAUUGUUAAAUUGAUUUCUGCCUAAUGUUACAACGGCUUCACACUAAACAAAAAACACCUUUAAAUAAACUAGAAAUAAAGAUCAAGAGAAGUAAUAGCACUGCUCUCUUCUGCCUUGGUCAGACCACAUCUGAAAUACUGUGUCCAGUUCUGGGCACCACAAUUUAAUAUUGAUGAGCUGGAAUGUGUGUGGAGGAGAAUGACCAAGAUGAUCAAGGGUCUGGAAACCAAGCCGUAUGAGGAACGGGUGAGAGAGGCUGGGUAUGUUUAGCCUGGAGGUGACUGUGAUAUGAUAGCCAUCUUCAAAUAUCUGAAGGGCUGAUACAUGGAAGAUGGAGCAAGCUCCAGAGAGUAGGUCCCAUGUCAGUGGAUUCAAAUUACAAGAAGAGAGAUUCCAACUAAAUGUUAGGUGGUGGUCUCUCCCUUCACUGGGUGUUUUAAAACAGAGGCUGGAUGGCCAUCUGUCAGAAAUUAUUUAGCUGUGAUUCCUCCAUUGCAGGGGAUUAGACAAGAUGACCCUUCCAACUCCACAAUGCUUUGAUUCUGUGAAAUAUCUAGCCUGAUUCUGUUUACUAUCUGGGCCACAGUGUGACCAUCAGACUUAUUACUCCUGCACAUUUGUUCAGAACAAAGGCCAACUGCUGCAGCAGUUUGUUUCCAAGCCAUUGCAUUAUGUUUUGGCACGAGGUAUGUCAACGCUACUUAGGCUGGGCAGUCAACAGCAGUGCUCAAAUGAGAUAUAUUGCUGGGCAAAGGAUUCAUCUGCUGUCACGUCAGGAGUGAGGACAGUGGAGACUGGUCCAUUUGGGAAAAAGGGGCACUGGCCCAUCAACCUUGGUCUGCUCUCUUCCAGUCCCCACCUGCCUGCCUCCUUACUUGUGUCUGUGUUGCCCCUUGUAGAAUUCAGCAGGUGGGAUGGAGGCAAAACUAGAAUUUAUUAGCUCUGCCUCUCUCUUGCUCUGGCGCCACCUGCUGUUGGGCUCCCAGCCUUCCACCCUACUAGUCCCAAUGGGCACAAGUUACCCCUAGGUAGACAACCUACUGCUUUCAGAUGUUGCUGUACUCCAGCUUUAAUUCCCUUUCACUGUUGGCCAUACUGUGUGACUGAUGGGUAUUGGAACAUCAUCUUGAAGGCACAGGAUUGCUCUAGGUUAUUGGGGCCACCGCUUGGUUUUCAUGUAUUAUGUUUAUACCCAAUUCUUUCUCCAAGGAGCUUAGAGUAGCAUGCAAACUCCACUCCUACAAGGGAUUGGGUAGAGAGUGAUUGCUCAAAGGGAGCUUCCUACUGGUUUGAACCUAGAUCUCCCUUGUCCAACACUCUGCGCUCUUACAGGUCAAAUUUCUGAGGAUGCUACGCUUGCAGUGCCAGCACAUGGGGCACCCUAUGUGGAAUAAUGUCUAUCUUUCAGCUGUUCCUUUCACUGUGCCACUAUGAAGCGGAUGCUCUACUUUUGCAGGCUGUUGAACGCCAUGAAUCCCUCACAAGCUGGAACUUAGCAAAGAAAGCCAAGUGGCGUGAAGAGGCUGCAACAAGAGCCGAGGAAAAGGCAAAAUAAGAGUCAUCUGCUCUUGAAACUGGGAACAAAGAAAACACACAAAAUUGGCAAGUUAGCAAAAGAUAUACCUUCUAGGGGAAACGCUGAAGUUGAACACAACUUACUACUAACAACUUUCAUUUCCGCUUGUGAAACAAAUACUGGGAGAAAGAUAAUUAUUUUUUUCUGCCACAAGUGAAUAAAUAAAUCAAGUUCAGUCGAAAGUUGGCUGUGAAAGGCUUCAUCUGCUAUUUUGCUUCUAUUUGAAUUUUUAAGGUCUUUGUAGUUAAAACUGAAAACACAGAAUUCCAUCAACCAUAACAGUGACUUUUCUGACUAAAAUUCGUUACUCAACAAAUUUUGUCCCGGUGGAAAGUGUUGUCUUUCUUUGUCUGUUUGUUCCCUAUACAGUGGGACCUUGGGUUACAGAUGCUUCAGGUUACAAACUCCACUAACCCAGAAAUAGUACCUUGGGUUAAGAAAUUUGCUUCAGGAUGAGAACAGAAAUUGUGCGGUGGCAGCGGGAGGCCCCAUUAGCUAAAGUGGUACCUCAGGUUAAGAACAGUUUCAGGUUAAGAACAGACCUCCAGAACGAAUUAAGUUCUGAACCCGAGGUACCACUGUACAUCUUGAUGCCUCUUGAGAUAUCAUUGCCAAACUUAGCAUGAGGGCUGCCAGGGUGAGGGUGGCACUCUUCAUUCAUGUUUGACACCACCUGCCAUUUUGAAUCAAGAUGGCAGUUGAAGAAUAAGGACUUUAUAGGAUUUGGUCCGAAUGAAUUUUACAAGAUUUUCUCCUGUCCCAUCUGAUUUUCCCAAUCCCAAGUGGCAUAGUUAAAAACUUAGUAAAUUAAAACUGUAAUGGCUCUACAUACCUACAUAUGACCAAGGGCAGGAAAUAUAGAUAAACUUACUUCUGAAUAACCAUGCAUUGGGUUUGGCUGUAAGCCUUCCAGUAGAGAUUUCUAACAGUGCAGUACAUGCUUCUGGUCUGAAAAGUUAUUAUAACUUAUGAAGAAAUACUGCAAGUUCUAAAUUCAGAAGAGACACACUGCCUUUGCAAAAUACCUUUAUUAGUUUUGUAUUGUAGCAUUUAUAGUAGUAACAUUCCCUAAUAUUGCAUACUGUUCUUAUUUGUAAGUUUGUUCAGUUAGAGCCUCUAGUGUGUCUUUAAAGAUGCAGUAUCAAUCAAAUUACAAAUGAAUGUUCAAAAACACAGUAACAAUAAUGACUAAGAACAACUCUUAUUGGAGAUGUGAAUCUUUGUAGCAGUUUCAUAAUCUGUAUUUUUUCAAAUAAAUUUGCAGGUUAAUAAGUUAAUAAGGUUCAAGCAAAUAAAUCAAUCUGGAGUCAAAUGUAAAAGUAAUAAUUAUUUUCUGUUAAACAAUCCAACUAAUCAUCAUUUUCUAAAUGUAAACCAAUCAUUGAAUGAACACCCAUUAUUUCUUUACCACCCUUUUAAAAAGGCAAUACUAUAAAUGUAAUAGCAAAAUGAAUAAAUUAUUCAAUGAUAAAAGUGCAGGGACCCAAACACAAAACAAAACUCACAUAUGGUUUUGCAUCUGAAAUAAAUACUUGGCAUGGUUGCAUAGACUGAGGUCAUGUCAAAAUGAGGCAUUUAUGUGAGAAUCACACAACCUGCACCAGGGAAACACCAUAAUGGUUUAAUUAUACAAAUUCAAAAACCCCAAACCAUUUUGGAUUGACUACUAAAUCCAGGAGACUACAGUUGCCACUCACAUGUGUUCUGAUAAAAGGUUUCACCUCCAACAUCCCUCUAUUAAGCAUCAAGACUUCUCAGUUUCAUGCAUAAGAGUGAAUUUGAAGUUAAACCAAAUACUGGUAUUUAAAAGAUCCAAAUUAACCAUAUAAAAUCGUACAGCUUCAGAAAUGAUUCUCGGAAGUUUCCAAAUUCAUGUUAUGGACUAGACUCAAAGAGACAUAUUUCCAAAUUACACAUUAAAUUCAUUUGUCUCUAAUAUUUCUAUUUCUUCUACGGUUUGUAUAAAGUCUUGAGUCUGGCUCAGAUGUAAAUGUUUUGAUGAUAUUAUCUACUGAAUUCUCCAAUUAAGAGCAGGCACAACUGGCAAUUUUUGUAAUAUAGCAAAACAAUGGGAUACCCUGUCAACCCUGAACAUUUGUUUUUGUUUUUUUAACAUACUAGAGCAAUUCUGAUAAUUUUAUCUUUUUUACUGACCACUUUCAUUAACCUGUAUUUGGAAUGAAUGAUAUAAGACACUCAGGACCAACAUUUCCAGUUAAAACUUUUAAAAAGGGGGACAAAUUCACCCUUAUAUCAAGUGUUACCUGUUCAAAGCUACAAACAGAAUUCAUAGCUAGCUGCACAAUUCUUCUCCCCAUGAUACAUCUGAUUUCCAGCAAGCAUUCCUGCAUUUUCCCCCUAGUUGUACCUCACUAUCUUUACAUAAGCUACAGCUAUUAACAUUACAACACAUCCACUGGCAAACUUUGACUCCAUAACCCUUUAGAAGUGGAUAUUGCUGCUACAAUGCCUUUGUGAACCUGGCUGCAGAGACCUGUGCGCAUCACAGAAGGCCAGGCAUGUAUCUGUUACUGCACUUGCAGUUCUCACAACUAUGGAGAGCAAAAGUCUCCCAGGGGAUGGAGCAAGAUGUAUGUGAGAUACUGAAGUGUCUAACAGCUGACCGGUACUCUGAGCUGCUUCACGCGGAAAUUCCUCACAAUACGCAUCUGCCACUGAAGGAUAAUUUUUCAAUAGCUAUGCAAAAUGCAUAAGCAACACAGCUGCUUUGUCUCCACCCAGCCUGGCUAUGGCAGGUCCUUGCAUUGAUCAUGCUCAUAGGACUGGAACAGAAGACGGAAAGAUCAAGAUUUAAACUUUUAACACAUGAAUUUGUUUGCAGGUACCAUAUAAAGAGCCCCCUUAGAUUCUGGAGUGCAUCUAUUUUUGCUUUUGUUUAACAUUUCACAAUACUAUGAAAAAAGGCAAUCAACUGCAAUUAUAUACAAGUUGUUUUAUAUACGUCACACAGAACAAUACAUUUGUGGUAAG